CCAGCGUCCACAUUUCACGCCCUCCUGUGAACUGCACGAAGAUUUGCAACGCAAUGGAGGCGCCCAAACAAGACUCUAUGACGCCUUGGUGGAAAGGUACGAAAUAUGACUUUCCGAAAAAGACCCCUGCUUGGUUCGCGGAUGGCAUUCCUUGGGAUACAUUUCAGGAAGGAAAACCGCCCAUGGUCUACGAUCCUCCACAGUGGGUUCCCGGCUAUCUCCCUCAUUGCGCUCAGCAGUGCAACUUUUGGUCAUAUCGUUCCCCUUGGUGCGUGGUCCCCUGCAAUUGCAUGGCCUGUUGUCAGUGCUGCUGCAUCAAAGACUCGGAAAUUGUCUCCGUGGAUACUCCAGAUGAAUGGAUGACGAAGAUGAUCACCAGCGGGGCCAACGAGAAGACUCCGGAAUGGAUGAAUGGAAUCUUUUGGCUUUGCGACAACAACGCGCCAUCAGAGACACUCUUUACCUUCCAAAGUGCAGAUUGGGCCGAAGGCUCAAAAGUGGCUCAGAAGAAAUACUAUCACAACUUUGGCGUUCCAGCCAACUGCUUUGGUUGUAUUACGAUGUUCGGAGCCGCACUCACGGAUUCCACACUUCGUUUGGAAUUGUCGCCCAACGACAAGUGGAUCAACCUCUAUGGCGCGGGGCCAGGGUGGAUCUACGUGGGCCAACCGGAGGAUACCUUUGAAUGCAAAAAUGCGGCUGUGGAUGUGUACGGCGAAAGCUUCAAACCCGUGACGGACCUCAACGAGAUGCUACGUGUGAGCCACAACGACGAGACGCUGCCAUUGUCGGAGCCCAACUACCAGUAUCGAGUGCGUAAAGUGGCAUAUAUGGACAGCUAUGGCAAGUUGGUGAAAACUGAGGCCUGGGAUGAAUUUGUGAAGCGAGCAAAGGUGCCAUUUGCACCCGGAACAGAGCCGAACUGCUGUGGCUAUUGCUUUUGCUGCCGUUCAAAGGAGGACCUGGCCUUGGGGCGCUAUCCUCACACCAACACCAAGUUGAUUGUGAAGUAUGCACCGAGCACCAAGUCGACCGCGCCAGCUCAGACCAUUGGAGCCCAGCAGUAGUCACAUGACGCCACGUUGACGUUGCACUUGGGGAUUUUUAUGGAGUAUACUGAUUACCCUCUGGUAAAC